AUGGGGAAUUUAAUCACUUGCUCGAUAUCCUGUGAUGAGUGGAUGGAUAAAAUCUCUCAAUGGCUAGACAAGAAAGUUGGUUAUAUUCACGAUCUUGAGAAGAAUCUCGCCACUCUGGAGAACAGCAUGGUUAAGCUCAAGGCUAAGCGGAAUGAUUUAUUACGAAAGGCCACAAGAGAGGAGGAUAAAGGUGGACAAAGGCUGGAAGAAUUCCAGGUAUGGCUUAAGAAAGUUGAGUCUUUGGAUCAAAAAGUUGAUGCUCUUCUUGAUGCUAGAGAUGUUCAACUUCAAAGGUUGUGUCUUUGUGGGUUUUGCUCUAAGAGUUUAAGAUCCAGUUACCGUUACGGGAAAAAGGUUUUCUUGUCGUUGAUAGAUGUUGUGCAACUCGAAAAUAGAGUUUUCCAAAAUGUUACUGAUCAAGUAGUUAAUAAAGCUGACACAGCUGUGAUAGAGGAAAUACAAGUUCCACGAUAA